AUGAAUGUCAUUCAUAUUCCAAGUACUUUAAAGCCUUCGGUCUGCAUAUGGGAAGAUUUAAAUACUGGGCAACUAGAUAGAAUUGAUGCAUGUGGAACUGCUGAAGAUGUUAAAGGAAUACUGGCUGAAAUGUUUAACCUACGUGACUAUGAUAAAGAUUUAAAGAUGGGCAUUAUUAUAGACCUUUUUUAUUAUACCCUGCAGUUUGCUAAGGAAAAUAAUUUCUCUCAGGAACAAACAUCAGCUUUUUUCUCUAUUGUCAAGAGAGUGCAUAUGGCUAAUAUCGAUACACCAUUUGGGAAUAUAGAAGCCGUCUAUAAAUAUUUCAAGGAACUACUAUUCUGUCAUAGUGUUAAUAGACCACCAUACAGUAUUUAUAUCUUUUCUGUCAUACAAGUCAAGUUAAUUAUAACUUACGUUAUCAAUACGUAUUUUAGACACUUAAAAUUAUACAAAUAUGCUUUUACUCCCAAAGUAAGGAUGGAUAUUGCGUUCGAUUAUGUUGGAAUGCCUGCUAAUCAAUUAAUACCUGUAGAAGAGGAAAAGAAUGACGAUGUAGAAGAAGAUACAGGUGAUAAGGAAAUUGAAGAAAUUGUAGAAACAAAGGGUGAAACCACAGAGACGACAGAUUCUAUUAAAGGAGAAGAAGUCGAAGCAGAUGAAGCUGAUGAUUCAAAAAAUAGAAUAAAAACACUUAUAACUACCACAUUACAGGAACAAUUACAACAAAUGAAAUUGACAAUAGAUCAUCAGAUUAGGCAAAAUGAUGACAUUAUAACUUCUAAAAUUAAAGCUGUUGAAGAAUCUGUUAUAGGAAAGGGUGGCAAAGGAAGUAAAACAAAGAGAAGAUAA